UGAUAUAGAAGCACAGUUGAACAAUGCUCUCUCGCUAUGUCAUCUUGGCGAUGCUUGCGGUGUCUCCCGGCGAGCAGGUCUGCGCCCCAGACUGUUCGGGGGUCGAUCCGGGCGUGAGAGUCAGAGACCCGACGGAUUUCACCAAAUACUACAUUUGUCUUGAUGUUGACGGCUCUGGAAACCUAUAUCCCUCCUCCGACUCCGUGUCGUGCCCUCCAGACGAGUUCUUCAACGACCAACACACCCUGCCCAGGUGUGACCCGAUAGAAGACAAGCCCGAGAUAAUCAUGACGGCCACCUGUGACCCGUGCAAACCCUACUGUCCCGAGACCGGCAUGGUGGCCCCUCACCCCACGGACUGCAGCCGUUACUACGUGUGUCUUAGCGACGGACACACCAUUGAGUAUGACUGCGGUGCUGGCUAUUACUUCGACUACAUAGCUGGCGUGUGUUCCGAGGACAACAGCCGCUGUUACCAGUACUGCGAUCCCUGUAAACCUCACUGUACCCAUGUGUACCAGAGAGUCCCUAAUCCUUAUAGCUGCUUCAAAUUUUACCUGUGUAUUGUUGGAGGCGUUGUAGGUUUCGAAUGCCCUGCUCAAAAGGUAUUUGAUGAUGCUGUGGGGCUGUGCAAAGAGGAUACCCAGUGCAUCAGUACGUGUAGUUAGUUCCCAAUUUGGUACUAACCGUUAUUCUUUUCCAGCACGGAAGAAUUUAAGCAUACUUUGGCUGGUUCACGUGGUGUUCGCUUAUCUAUAAGAGGUCUCAGGGGCAAUUCUUCCCACCAAUUCAUUUGAAUUUGAGUUUAUAUUUCCAAAAUGUUAAUGCAGAAAAAUAAUAAUAAAAGAAUAAAUACAAACAUCAAAUAA